AUGGCGAGUGCGAAAGCUACUGAAGGAAAUCAGAAAGUUGAAGUUCCAUCAGAUAAAACUGCUGUGACUAAGAUCAGAGUUUCUAAUGGACAUUCCCCAGAACAAAAAGCUCCGGUUUCAGCUAGUGCAAAACCAACUGAUUCUCCGGUGUCAGAUGGAUAUCCCGCGCUUAAGGUUAAACCAGCUACUCCGGAUGGACAGCACAAGAAGUCCGUUAGUGAUGUUCCUCGAAAGUCAUUUGAUAAUUCUUCUCCUGCAGCUGCAAGUGAUGCACCAGUACAAGCUGGAUCUGUCAAGGAUGCUGUGUCGAAGUUUGGGGGAAUCACAGACUGGAAAGCUCACAGAGUCCGUUCUAUGGAGAGACAAAAGACUAUAGAAAAAGAACUUGAGAAAGUGCAGGAGGAGAUACCUGUUCUUAAGAAAGAGGCCGAAACAGCUGAAGAAUCGAAGAACCAAGUACUAAAGGAGCUGGAUAGCACAAAGAGACUUGUAGAAGAAUUUAAGCUCAACCUAGAGAGAGCAGAAAAGCAAGAGCAGCAAGCAAAACAGGACUCUGAACUUGAGCAACUCAAAGUGGAGGAGUUGGAGCAAGGGAUUGCUGCCGAGGCUAGUGUUGCAGCCAAGAAAGAACUUGAGGUCGCCAAGGCUAGGCAUUUAGCUGCUGCAUCAGAUUUAGAAUCUUUGAAAAAAGAGUUGGAGAAACUACGCAAGGAUUAUGAUUCACUGACGGAAGAGAAAAAUGAAGCUGUAAUGCAGGCCGAGAAGGCCGUUUCAGCUUCUAAGGAAGUUGAGAAGACCAUAGAAAAUCUGACUGUUGAGCUGAUGACAACAAAAGAAUCCUUGGAGUCUGCACAUGCUGCUCAUUUAGAGGCGGAGGAACUUAAAACCGGAGCAGCCAAGGAACUAGAAGAGGAUGUUCAGAGCCACGAUAAGGAGUUGAAGCAAGCAGAAGAGGAUCUGCAGAAACUAAACCACAAGAUCUUGGCGGCAAAGGAUGUUAAGUCAAGAUUAGAUACUGCAUCAGCUUCGUUACAGGACAUAAAAGCUGAAUUUGCUGCAUAUAUUGAAUCAAAACAAAAUCCGAAGCGUGAGGGACAUGACAAGAACAUUGAUGGUGGCAUACACGCAGCAAUUGCUUCAGCCCAAAUGAAUCUCGACGAAGUAAAGCUCUACAAGGGAAAAGCAACCAAUGAAGUAAAUCAGUUAAGAGCAGCUGCUAAGUCAUUGAAGUCAAAUUUAGAAAGUGAAAAAUCAGAACUAGAAACUGUUAAGCAGAGAGAGAAAACGGCCUCGGAGACAGUUGCUUCUAUCGAUGCUGAGCUUGAAAGGACCGAGAAAGAGAUAUCUCUUCUUAAGGUAAAGGAGAAAGAAGCCAGAGAGGGGACGGUUGAGAUACCGAAGAAAUUACCAAAAGCGGCUGAAGAGGCAGAUCAAGCGAAAGCACUUGCUAAAGUUGCUAACGAAGAGCUCGAGAAGGCAAAGGAGGAAGGUAAUCAAUUAAAGGCAAGAAUUAAUACCACAGAGGACAGACUUCAUGCAGUUAAAAAGGAGAUAGAGGCUACAAGGGCAGCAGAGAAUCUGGCUCUGAAAGCAAUCAAAGCACUAGAAGCAGCACUACAAGCACCUAGUGAUGAGGAUAUACCAGAUGCCAUUACACUUUCCUUGACAGAGUACUACAACCUUAAUAAGCAGGCCCAUGACGCAGAGGCACGAGGAAACGACAAAGUGACUGAAACUCUCUCCCUUAUCGAGGCAGCGAAGGAAUCAGAGGCAAGAACCUUGAGAAAGUUAGAGAAACUUUCUUCUGAGUUGGCCACUCAGAAGGAAGGACUGGAAACAGCAAGGAAGAAAGCCGAAAAGGCCAAGGAGGGGAAAUCAAGUGUAGAAGAGGAGUUGAGGAAGUUGAAGGGUGAGAAAGAACCACCAAAAACUGAGCCAGCACAAGACUCGAGCAACACUAAUGCUGAAGCACCUGAAGGAAAAAAGAAGAAAAAGAAAUCGAUAAUCCCAAAGAUUUUCAUGUUCAUGGGCAAAAAGAAGUUCCAUUCUCUUACCCAUUCCAAAGGACAUUGACCUUCUGCCAACACUUUGAGUUAGUGUUGCUGCAGCCGAGUGAACGCCCUCACUACGUGAACAAUGCAGUCUGAUCUUGUAUAUAAAGGCCAUUGCUCUUGUUCUUCGAUGAUAAUCAACUUGUCUGGCUGAAGCUGUGGAAGGGGGACUGUAAGAAGUAAGAAACAGUGCAUAAGACCGUAGUAUUUACCAAGUUAUAGGUACUUUCAAAGAUAUAUGUUAGUCAUUUGUAAUGUAUGCUUCUGCUAAUUCUACUUUGCAAUUUUUACUCCAACUAGUGUUAAUCCGACUUCUUGUAGAAUUAUAACUGGA